AUGCGUGUAAGUGUCGUGCUUGACUAAUGAUUUGGGCCAUUUGGUCUUCAUAAGUGGGUGCAGUUGAAAGCUUUUGCAAUUCGUGGAUUGGGUCUAUGGCGGAAGAAAGGGAGGAGCGACAGGCGGCGACCGGCGCUGGGUAUCGAAAAUUCAAUGGAAGAGAUGAAUUUCCGUCGAAUAUGUUUCAUGGGAUAUUAGCUUUUGUUCUGUGGCUUGGAUCUUUGCACUUCAUCUUCUUCUUGCUUCUUUUCUCCUUUCUCUUCCUUCCUUUUCCCAUAUUCCUCAUGGUGGUUGGAUUUCUUUUGGUUUUCAUUGUUCUUCCCAUAGAUCCUCACAGCAAAUUCGGCCGGCGGCUGUCAAGGUAUAUAUGUAAGCAUAUGUGCAGUUAUUUUCCCACCACUCUCCAUGUUGAGGACUUUGACGCCUUCAAUCCUGAUCGUGCUUAUGUCAUUGGUUACGAGCCUCAUUCGGUUUUGCCGAUCGGAGUCGUUACGCUUGCUGAACUUACAGGUCUCAUGCCUCUUCCGAAAAUGAAAUGCCUUUCUAGCAGCGCUGCAUUCCGUACCCCAUUUAUGAGGCAUAUAUGGACAUGGUUGGGGGUCGCACCAGCAUCAAGAAAAUCGUUUUAUUCACUAUUGGAAGCUGGUUAUAGUUGUAUUGUAGUGCCUGGUGGAGUGCAGGAGACGGUUCGGAUGGAGCAUGGUUCUGAGAUUGCCUUCCUUAGUGCACGAAGAGGAUUUGUUCGCAUAGCCAUUGAAACAGGGUGUCCACUGGUCCCUGCUUUUUGUUUUGGUCAGUCAUAUGUCUACGACUGGUGGAAACCACGUGGGAAGCUCUUCCUUCAACUUUCCCGAGCUCUCAAGUUCACUCCAAUGUUGUUUUGGGGAAUUUUGGGAACUCAUUUGCCCUAUCAGCGUCCCAUGCAUGUGGUGGUGGGUAAAUCUAUUGAGUUGAAGAAAAAUCCUAACCCUACUGCCGAAGAGGUCCAGGAAGUUCAUGACCAGUUUGUUAAAGCACUCCAAGAUCUCUUUGAGAGAAACAAAGCUCAGGUUGGAUAUCCUGAUCUUCCAUUAAGGAUCCUUUGAUUCAAACUAAGUUCUUCGGUUCCUUUUAGUGAAUCAUGUUAGUUUAUUAAAAAAAUGUCGAUGAUUAAAGACUGUAUUAUGGAGUUAUCCCAUUAGAGUAAAAGAACCAAUUCCAUGCUACAGUUGUGUAAAACUAAAAAUAAAUCUCAAUACAAUUGGAGUUUAUGGUUAGGAGCAAGGG